AUAUUCAAAAUCAGAUGUAUAUACAGUUUGAUUUCAUUUUUUUAGGGUUGGAUUUUUUUCAGAAAGGAACGGGAAGCUUCACAUUAAUUCAAUAAAUAUGUAAUUCAUAACUCAACCUACUAAUAUUCCACAGGGGAGAAAGAUGUGCAUGCCCUUUAGGCUUUUCCUUUAUAUACCAUCUAUACCCUCCCAAUACAUGAUCUCCCAUUGUUCUACAUUUUAUUUGCAGCUGAGCAGGCAGCUGUGCCAGCAGCAGAGGACAUGCACGGCAGCAGCAGAUGAGGUAGCCCCAGGCCAAGGCUACUGGUGGGACUCAAUGGUCACUUGAGAGAGUGGGUUGCAUUAUGUGUUUAUUGUACUGUAUCGGCUCUGCAUACUGCAGUGUGUGUUUUCCGUUGAGGGGGUGGGCUGGUGGACUACAGAUGUCCUUGCCCCGAGCUUUCUCUACAUGAAAAUCUGCACUGUUUCGGAAGAACCACCGGCCCAGAGCGACGUCACUUUGUACAGCGGGACUAAUUCCUGGAGUCAGAUGUGUGGAGGGUUAAAUCUGAGUGAAGAGAAAACAAGCAGCACAGUGUCACUGCUCGGGGGGAGUGAUGUUGUACCGUAAGACUUACUGGAUAGAGGUUUUAUCACCAGCACAGACUGUAGUUUGCUCUUUGGAAAUGUUACAUUCAGUGUAUGUCCCAGUGAAACAGAUGCUUAAACAAAGAUUUGGGGAAUUUAGCAAAAGUGGAAAAGGAAAAGUGGGGAAAAGAACAACCAUAAAAGUUGGUAACCAAAGUGAGAGAUGUGUUGUUGACCUGUCAGGGAGAAUAACAGGAGCUUGCUGCCCUCUAGUGCUGAACACUUCACUCCCUGUGUAACACAAUACACCACAGUUGAGACGAGAAUGCAUAAUUCAUAAAGGACGGGGAUGAUAAAGCAGUAUUUCACAGAUGUUAGAUAUGAGAUGUAGCUGAUAAUGCUGGGCUGGUAUCAAACACUUGCUUGUCUCUAAAAAUAAUUUUGUGGACAAGCUGUUGUUGAUAGUCUAAAGUGAUAUCCAUAAUACUUUAAGCACUGUGAGACAUGCUGGGUUUUUAUAUGAACCCAGGACUCCCUGAAGCUGCGUUCAUUAGUGGAUUAUCCACUUUUUCCUCUUAUCAAUAAAGCGGCAACAAUAUGAACUCCAAGCUGCUUAAAAAUGGCAUCCAGGCCUUUCACCCGUGGGUUACAUGCAUCAUCAGGUUAACUCACCUCCUCCUCGCCUCUGUUUUUAUGAGUGUCAACAGAGUCGGCCUCCCUGUCUCUCCCACAGAUUAACCUAGUAGUGCCAGGCAGCAGCCGCAGCAGCACAGGGGCGGUUCAGGUUUAAUGUUUAAGCUUUUACUCCCCCCGCAGUUCUUCACACACGUUGGCCAAUCGCCCUGUGUGUGUGGAGCUGAGCGUCUAACCUCAGCAGUGAGUCACCUGAGAGACUGAACAGGCUGAGCUGAGUGGGCCGCUGGACAGGGCGGCCAUUUUACUGCAGGUGUCAGAGCUACUGUUAACUUAAAAAACUGCCACAUAAAGUCCUGUGAGGAGCUGAAGCCUGCCUGACCAGAAAGUUGGGGUCAAAAAAGUUCUUCCUCACCCGGCAUCAUAAUGAUUCUGUGAUUGCUUUUUUUCGAUGGAUUGUCUAAAUUACACCACAGCAUGAAAUCGUGGAGCAGGAAAUUUAAGAAACAAGAAGAUGGGAGUGACGCCGGGUCCUCCACUAGCAGCAAGACCCCCAUUAGGGAUCCUCCAGUGCCUGUGUGGGUCACUCACACACCCGUACCGGACAAUAUCACCGAUGCUGGGGAUGAUGAUAAUGCUAACUCCACAUCCAGCACUCCACCUUAUGCCAAAGAGGAGAACAGUGACACAAAAGGGACCAUGAAAGACAGACUGAAAUCCCUUAUCCCUCAGUCAUGGGGCAGCUUCAUCCACAAAAGGACAAAGGAAAGUGACUCUGAAGCCAGUACGACCGGGAUUCAGAUCCUCCCCAAUGGGACCAGAGUGAGUCCUCCUGUCAGUCCGCUGCUGGAACGCAGGAACUGGGCUGAAUCAAUCGGAAGCUCCAGCCAGAACUCACAAAAGCCUCUACUAAGACAGAGCCCUACUGACGACCUGUUUUAUCACGGCCCACGAGAGGAAUCUCUUCUGACCAGCAUCCACCCUGCCGAAUAUUACGCUGAAAAGGUGGAGGUCUAUAAACAGAAGUACUCUUAUCUGAAAUCAUGGCCAGGGCUGCUCAGGCUUCUGGCAGGAAUUCAGCUCCUGUUUGGGGGAAUGGUGAUUGCAUGUGUCAUCGCCUACAUCCAGAAAGACAGUGAGUGGUCCAGCUCCUACGGACUCUAUAAUGGCGCAUAUAACAAUGGGUUUGGUUUAUCGGGGUACAGCUACAGAGGCCCUAUGACUCCUUUCAUUCUGGCUGUAGCUGGAGUCUCCUGGGUCAUCACUCUGUGCCUACUAGUGAUGGGAAUGACGAUGUACUAUCGCACCAUCCUCCUCGACUCCCCCUGGUGGCCCCUGACGGAGGCCUUCAUCAACGUGGCGCUGUUCCUCCUCUACAUGGCAGCAGGGAUCGUAUACCUUAAUGACUUGAACCGAGGAGGGCUGUGCUACACGACAAUAGGCGUUAACCCCAUCAUGGCCAAUCUGUGUCGCGUUGAUGGGGGCCAGAUGGCAGGAACAGCUUUCAUCUUCAUCAACAUGACUCUGUAUCUGGCAAGCUUCCUGGUGUGUCUGAAGAUGUGGAGGCAUGAAGCUGCACGUAUGGAGCGGCAGUACUUUGAGAACCAGACUCAAGAGGAGCUCCACCAGUCCAUCCCACUGAACCCCAAAAGGAAAAAACGCAUAUCAUUCAGGGAUGAAACGGAUAAAUCUUUCAACAAAAAUCACAACGAUCAGCAUACACUGCUCCAUGAAGUCCAGAAGAACCCAGACAGUCUGAAUGCGGCCGCAGCGUCCACAUACAGCCCCAAAGUGCACGUCAUAGCAGACUACAUCAUGAAAUAUCCAGAGAUCAGCUCCGUGGAGGAAAGGGAAAAGUACAGAGCUGUUUUCAAUGACCAGUAUCAGGAAUAUAAAGACCUUCACAGAGACAUCAGCACAACCCUGGAUAAGUUUAGAGAGCUGGAUGCCAUGAUGGAGCAACUCCCCAAGGAAGGAAAGAGCCACAAGGAUCAACAAAGGAUUCAAAGCAUUUUGAAGAAGUAUCGCCAGAAAAAGACUGAUCCUGCUUUCCUGGAGAAAAAGGAACGCUACGACUACCUGAAAGCAAAAUUAAGCCACAUUAAAAACAGAAUCCGCACUUUUGACCAGGAAAACCCAAAUAAUGAUCGGAUCAUGUAUGAGCCUCGGUACUAUGACAGCCCCCCUGUCUACAGUCCACCUUACAGCACCACCUCCCACAACUUCUAUCCCCCGAGGAGCGUCCACUCCCCCCGGAGCCAGUAUGUCCCCUACUCCUACAACGUCCCUCCAGACUCCUACUACGUCGAGGAGAAGCCCCAACACUUCUACCGCUGGUUCUCACCUCCUGGCUUCGUCAAAACCUUCCAGGGAGCCACGGUGCUCAUGUGUUUCCUCAUCUUCGCCCUCGUAGCCUCGACCCUGGUGUGGGACAUGAAUGGAUUCGGGUACGGGGGCUACGGUGUUGUGGACGCUGGAGGUGUCAGUGGGAUGGGGUCAGGAUAUUAUGGAGGCAGCUACGGCUACGGAGGCUCCUACAUGACCCCGCAGUCGGCCAAGGCGGCGAUGAUUUCCAUGGCGGCCAUUAACUUCCUGGUUUCACUGGGGUUCCUGGUGGGGAGUUUCUCACGGUCGCGGGUCAUGCGGGGAUGCAAGUUUUACCUCACUGUGUUCAUCUGUGAUAUCAUCUUAGCUGUCCUUCAGGGCAUCAUCGACAUCAUCUUUGUGAUCGGGGUGAACCCCAUGUCUCAGAGCUCACAGAGUAUGUUGUACAACCCCAUGCUGAUGAUGUGUCAGAACAUCCAGGGCAGCCCCAGCUUCAGCGCCAGUGCGGGGGCCGGUUUUCCUGGGGGGUACCCCAUGUUCAAUCAAUACCUGCACCACUACUGCUACAUGGACCCCGAGGAGGCCGUGGCGUUUGUGUUGGGUCUCUUUGUGGUGUUGGUCUUGUCCCUCGCUGCUUACUAUGCCUACAAGACCCGCAGCAAGAUUUGGCGCCACGGAAAAGCGAACAUCUACUGGGACGAGCCGCUGGUCAGGCCGUCAGAGGGGCAGGAUGUGCAGGACUGGGUGAAUCACGUUGGAGAAGCUCGCAGCACCCAGCAGGCGCCAACUGUUGUUGUGUCGGAGAGAGCGGCACCUGACCCGAGGGCAGAGAACAGCGUGGUCUCCUACGGCAACGGAACAGUCAGCAUCCACAGUGACGGAAAUUAUAAAAGCAACAGUUUCCCUGCAAACAACAGUAACAGUCGAGGAGGUGAGCCUCUCUACCAGAACACCAGAGCAGCAGUUUGCUCCAGCAGCUCCUCAGAUGAGACCAACGGUGUCAGGAAACCUCCUCCUCAUUAUGUGAAGAAGGAACAGAGGAAGAGCAAAGAACCAUUACCUGCUGCUCAGGUGAUGGUCGAGUCCCAGUAUGAAACUGGUUACACCACAGGAGACACUGGAAAUGAGCUGGACCGGGACCACACAGGUCACCUCUACAGGCUUUACCCAGAGAUCAUUACAGAUGAGCAGCGGCGCAAGUAUAAGAAGGAGUUUGACUCAGAUCUGUUGAGCUAUAAGAGCCUCUGCAGUGAAAUGGACAACAUCAGUGACCAGAUGCACAAGCUGAGCCGAGAGCUGGACACGUUGGACGAAGGCUCCAUGAAGUACCAGGGUGUGGCAGAUGAGUAUAACCGACUGAAGGACCUCAAAAGGACGGCAGACUAUCAAGCAAAGAAGAAGCAGUGCAAAGAACUUCGGCAGAAACUUUUCCACAUCAAACGUCUGGUGAAAAUCUACGACCAAGGUCUGUGUUAGUGUAUGCUGAACUGACGAAGGGUGAAAAAAACAAGCAUUCAACAACUAAAACCUCCUUUUUCCCUGGAAGCUUCCUGCAGGACGAACCAACAUGACCCUCACUGUGACCUUAUAGAACCUCAAGUCUGUUUUCAACAUUAAUAUUAACAUCAGAACAGAGCUAUUAAUACUUUACACCCUGUGUGGUUUCAGAACAAACUAAACUCUCAAGCAGUUAUAUUUCUAUCAUAUCUAGUGUCAGACUUUUCCUUUCAGUUGCGAUUUAAAUUGAACACAUGCUUGAUUGUUACACAAUAUUGUUGUAUUGUAGCAAUGAAUGUCUGUUUUUAUAUGCAAAUAAUGUAUUUAAUGAUGGGAUACACUGAAAGACAAGCAGAUGUAAUGUAAAUAAAGCAACAGUGUCUAUUUCCAUUAACACACGUUUACAUCA